AUGCCGCCAAAACGAGGUAAGAAGGGCGCGCCGCAGCCACCUCCUCUCGAAGGCUGCAAGCUCGCAUUUAGCGGUGCGUUUCGCGUUGUAUCGCAAGCUGCUCUCAAGGCCAAGGCAGAGGCGCUUGGAGCGACUGUCUCAAAUACAGUAACCAACGACACCACUCAUCUCAUUGCAACCGAGGCCCAUUACAACAAGCGCGAACCAAAAGUGAUGCAGGCCAUUUCCCUCGGCAUUCCUGUUGUGAGCAUGGAAUGGCUUACGACCUGCGAGAAGAAUAGCGCUAAGCCAACGGAGAAAGACUAUGUCCCGGGUGUUGUCAUCCCGGCACAAAAUGGUACUUCUGCUCAGCCUGUCGCUCAGGACUCACAGGCCGAUGGUUCCGACACUGCCGCAACAAAGUCAAGGAAGCGUUCUUCCGAUGAUGCGAACAUUUCAGAUGAUAAGGAUACUGCGGCUCCCAAGACCAAGCGAACGCGGGGAAAGAAUGCGGCUGCCAAGGUCGAGAAGGCAGACAUGAAGAACGAAGAUGUUGAGAUGAAAGACGCCGACAACGCUGCUGGCGCCGAUUCCGAGAAGAAGAAUGAGAAGGUGAAGGCUGAAAAGGCCGUUGGCGAAGGACAGAUUGCUAAGAGCAAGGAUCUCAAAGUACCCCUCGAUGAGGGUUGCCCCUAUAUCACGUCCAAGGUUUACAUCGACGAUGAUGGUGUCAUCUAUGAUGUGUCAUUGAACAAGACGGACGCGUCAAAGAAUAAUAACAAAUUUUACCGCAUUCAGGUCCUCGUUGACCCGUCUGGCACUUUCAGAACCUGGACUCGCUGGGGUCGUGUUGGCGAACGCGGCCAAACACAGGUCGCCGCUGAGGGUACCAAGGAGAAUGCUCUGAAGCAGUUCGAGAAAAAGUUCAAGGACAAGUCGGGUCUUGCUUGGAGCCAGCGUGGCGAGAAUCCGAAGCCUGGCAAGUACGCCUUUGUCGAACGCAACUAUGAGGACGACUCCGAUGAGGAAUAUGAAGCCAAGGUCAAAAAGGAGGGUAACGGAAACGGGAAGAUUGCUCGGGAGCCUCCCAAGUGUACCCUCCACCCUGCUGUUCAACGACUGAUGGAGCUCAUCUUCAACGCCCAGUACUUUGCUGCGACCAUGGCUUCUUUAAAUUAUGAUUCAAACAAGCUGCCGCUCGGGAAACUCAGCAAGGCAACUAUCAGUCGCGGUUUCCAGGUACUUAAGGACUUGUCAAAUCUCAUUGACGAUCCGUCAUUGGCCUCAAACUAUGGUCAGCCUUUCCCUCAAGCAAUUGAACAACUCUCCAACUCCUUCUAUUCUAUCAUUCCGCAUGCCUUCGGUCGCAACCGUCCCCCAGUGAUCAGGGAUCGGCAAAUGAUCAAAAAAGAAGUUGAGCUUCUAGAGAGCUUGAGCGACAUGAAAGAUGCGGAUCUUCUGAUGAAACUGGAAAAGACCGUUGAGGACGAUAUACAUCCGCUUGAGAGGCAGUACCGCGGUCUGAACAUGAAGGAAAUGACACCUCUUGACCCGACGAGCGAAGAGUUCAUUCAGCUUCAGAACUAUCUCAACGAAAGCCGCGGUGUUACGCACGGCCACUCUUAUCGCAUUGAGGAGAUCUUUAGGAUUGAGCGCCAGGGUGAACACGAACGAUUCGACAACAGCCUCUUCGGCAAGAUGAAGAAGAAUCGUCGUUUGCUAUGGCAUGGGUCUCGUGUUACAAACUUUGGAGGUAUUCUCAGCCAAGGUCUCCGAAUCGCACCACCGGAGGCUCCUUCUACUGGCUAUAUGUUUGACAAGGGUAUUUAUCUUGCCGAUAUGUCAUCGAAAUCGGCCAACUAUUGCCAUUCCUAUCUUUCCGGAGGGACCGCACUGCUUCUCCUGUGUGAAGCAGAACUUGGAGAUCCCAUGCAAGAGUUCAUAAAUGCUGCAUAUAAUGCAGCCACAACUGCCAAGCAAAAGGGUAUGAUUGCAACAUGGGGCAAAGGUCGUACUGGGCCCCUCAAGUGGAAGUCAGCAGCUUGUGUGCACCCGUCAUUGGAAGGGGUGAUGAUGCCCGAUACCUCGGUUCCUCCUGGUGACACCAAGGUCAAGGAUGCUAGCCUUUGGUACAAUGAGUACAUCUGCUACGACGUUGCGCAGGUUCGCCUGCGCUAUCUCUUCCGGAUCCGCAUGUAA